GAAAAUUCUCUCCACUUUUGUAUUAGUUUAAUAUGGUAUCAGAGCAUAGAUCUGGGACCAACUGAUCACACAAUCUCUGACGGAAGAUGGCCGGCGAAGCUGGACGCACCGGUGAACAUGGAGAACGACGGAAAAUAAACGAUCCGUCUUCCCCAUACUAGCUAUCUGUCAAGUUCGGACUUUCCUGGACUGCAGAUUUCCGCGGUUGUUCUCAAGGGUGAGAGCAACUAUCGAGAAUGGGCAACAGCUAUGAAGAAUGCGUUCCGCGCAAAGCGGAAACUGGGAUUUCUGGACGGAACCAUUAAGCAACCGGUGAACAAUGAAAGAGACCUUGAAGACUGGCACACCGUCAAUUCCAUGGCGGUCGGCUGGAUUAUGACUUCGGCGGAUCCUGCACUUCGGUCAAAUCUGGCAUAUAUGGAUAGUGUAUGCGAUUUAUGGAAGGACAUGGAGGCACGGUUUGCCGUCGGUGACACGAUGAGAACUCACGAAUUAAAGGAGUUAAUUCCGAGUUGUCGUCAACAUGGGGAGUCAAUCACCUCUUAUUUUGGGAGGCUCAAGGGGCUCUGGGAUAUAUGAUUAUGACGGGCUCAGGAACAUACCUCAAUGCACUUGCAAUGGAUGUACUUGUGGACUCAAAAAAUUAUUUAUCAAACAUAUUGAAACCGAGAAGACACAUGAUUUUUUGAUGGGCCUUGAUAUCGAGGCUUAUGGAACUCUACGUUCUAAUGUUCUUAGUGCGGAUGAACUGCUGCCCUUGACUAAGGUAUAUAACAUGAUGGUACAGGAAGAAAGGUUGAGGAAUAUGACUCGUGGGCGAGAAGAGAAACAGGAUGCCAUGGCUCUUGCUGCACGCACUGCACCUGCCAACGGGAAGGAUGAACGAGUGAGGUGCUCCUAUUGUCAAAAACCUGGACAUGAUUAUGAUAACUGCUUCAGGAGAACCGGAAACUAUCCGGAAUGGUGGCAUGAGAAUCCGGGUAAGGGCCGUGGAGGAAGAGGCCGUGGAGGGACUAGACGUGGAGGCUCGGGCAGAGGGUCCGGACAAGGAACCGCACAUGCUAUGCAUGUGGGGGAAUACCAGGGAGGUGAAGAGUCUGCUCAGGGAACGAAGGAGACAGCCCUUCAUGUGCCGGGAUUUACAAAAGAGCAAUGGCAGACAUUCCUCAAACUGAUGGAGAACUGUAAGAAUGCCCCUGUGGGGGAAAAACUUUCAGGUAUGAAACUAGAUAGCGAGUGGCUUCUUGACUCCGGGGCCUCAUAUCACAUGACCGGGAAUAAUGAUGUUUUGAUGAAGAUGGUGCGAAUUGCACCGGUGGAGGUGGUACUACCGAACGGUGAACGUACUAAAGCCACUCAUGUUGGAAGUGUGGCUCUUAGUACAAGUUUGACUUUAUUUAAUGUUCUUCUUGUGCAUGGAUUGAAAUGCAACUUGAUUUCCUUGGCAAAAUUAAUUGAUAACCGAAAAUGCGAUGUAUUUUUUACUAAUGAUUUGUGUGUAAUACAGGACCUACCUACGAGGAAGACGAUUGGAGUGGGUGAACGACGAGGGGGAGUUUAUUUUUUCCGGGGGCUGGACCAAGCACGAGCAUAUGCAGUGGGAAGCUCAGACUCCGGUGAUUUGUGGCAUUCAAGGUUGGGUCAUCCGUCAAUAAAAGUACUUCGAUCACUUGGUCAUUUAAAUAAAAUGUCAUUGAAUUCUGUUCAAAAUAAAGUUUGUGACGCAUGUAUGCGAGGCAAGCAAACUCGUGAUAGUUUUAUUGUUAGUAGUGGUAGAGCUGUUGAACCAUUUGAGUUGAUACAUUGUGACAUUUGGGGUCCCUAUCGUGUUUUGUCUUCUUGUGGUGCUCGAUAUUUUUUGACUGUGGUGGAUGAUUAUUCUAGAGCAGUUUGGGUGCAUUUAAUGUGUGACAAGAGUGAAGUCAAAAAUAUUCUUAAACAAUUCUUAGCCAUGACUAAUCGACAAUUUAAUAAAAAUGUGAAAGUUGUGAGAAGUGAUAAUGGCAAAGAGUUUGUUGGUCUCCAAGAAUAUUUUUUGACUAAUGGGAUAAUUUUUCAAACGAGUUGUGUGUAAACCCCUCAACAAAAUGGUAGGGUUGAACGGAAGCACAGACAUAUUUUGGAAGUGGCUAGAACUCUCCGGUUUCACGCCAACUUACCCAUUGAUUUUUGGGGUGAGUGUGUGUUAACGGCGAGAUAUUUAAUCAAUCAGUUGCCCUCUCCCAUAAUAGACAAUAAAAGUCCUUAUGAGUUGCUAUAUAACAAAAUGCCGUCUUAUAGCCAAAUACGGGUUUUUGGUUGUCUUUGCUAGACUGCUACGCACAUGUACCCAAUAAUGGAGGAGAUAAAUUCGGACCACAGGGUAUACGGUGUGUUUUUUUGGGAUACGCUUAUUCACAAAAGGGCUGGAAGGUUUACGAUUUACAAAACAAGAGACAUUUUGUCUCGCGGGAUGUAAAAUUCGUUGAAAAAGAAUUUCCAUUUCAAUUGGGGGAAACGCCGGUGAAUACUAACACACAUACAAUUGAUGACAAGGUAGUGCCUGACACGUGUGAAGGGAGUAACACAUGUGAUGGACUUGUACGUCAUGGCAGAGUAGCAAUUUUUGACUCCACACACACGGAGGACAACACCAACAUAGAAACGCGGCCUGCUUCUGGAGAGGAUAUGUCUGGCAGCGGCAUGGAGAGUAAUCGUGAUGGUGACCAAAUUCGAAGAAGUGAGCGAACACGCAGGGGUUCCGACGUGGCAUCAGGACUAUGAUGUCCAGUUAAACACGGUUAAAAUAAACUCUCCCCCCGUUGCUCCACCAGCUCCCACGGCCGAUUCAGGUAAUCCUUAUUCACUAUCUCAUUAUAUAAAAUAUGAUCAAUUUUUGGUUCCGCACCGAGCUUUUCUUGCAGCUAUUACUCUGACUAAGGAGCCAAAUAAUUUUGGAGAAGCUGUUCGUGAUCCUCAGUGGAGGGAGGCAAUGAGUCGUGAGAUUCAGGCUCUUGAACGUACAAGUACUUGGGAAAUUCGAGACUUGCCACCCGGGAAGAAAGCUAUUUAUUGCAAGUGGGUGUACAAGAUCAAGUACAAAAGUGACGGGUCGGUGGAGCGUUAUAAAGCACGACUGGUGGUUUGUGGGAACCGCCAGGUUGAAGGUAUAGAUUAUGGAGAGACAUUUGCUCCUGUAGCUAAGAUGGUUACGGUGCGCACCAUUUUGGCAGUAGCAGCCUCCUGUCAUUGGGAGCUACAUCAAAUGGAUGUCGAUAAUGCCUUUCUUCAUGGUGAUCUUCGGGAAGAAGUAUACAUGCACUUGCCGCCGGGGUAUUCAUCUUCAUCACCCGGCAAGGUGUGUCGUUUACUUCGAUCUCUAUAUGGACUUCGACAGGCACCAAGAUGUUGGUUUUCUAAACUCACUACUUCCCUACGCAGCUAUGGUUUUGCCCAGUCCCAUGCGGACUACUCAUUGUUCACCAAACGUGACGGUAGUCGAAUUUUAUGUGUACUCAUCUAUGUUGAUGAUUUGUUAAUUACAGGCAAUGACCGAACCAUGAUCACGGAAUUUAAAACAUAUCUUGCUUCCACAUUUCCAGUUAAGGAUUUGGGGAUCAUGAAAUAUUUAUUCGGGAUUGAGGUGGCCAUAAAUUCCACGGGUAUUUUUCUUUGUCAAAGAAAAUAUGUACUUGACAUUUUAACUGAGACAGGAUUGUCUGGAUGCAAGCCGGUUACAUUUCCUAUGGUCCAAAACCAUCGAUUGCAGUCUGAUUCUGGUCCGAUUUUCUUGACCCAGAACGCUACCGGCGGCUCGUUGGAAAGCUUAUUUAUUUGACUUUGACCAGACCCGACAUUUGUUAUUCCGUUCAUAUUCUCUCCCAAUUUAUGCAAAAUCCCAGAAUGGCUCAUUGGGCGACGGUACUUCGUGUGCUUAGAUAUCUUAAAGGGCGUCCAGGACAGGGGAUUUUUCUACGGUCUGAUUCAUCUCUUUCACUCACCGGUUAUUGUGAUGCUGAUUGGGCAAGUUGUCCUGUCACUCGUAGGUCGGUCACAGGAUAUUUUGUAUCUCUCGGUUCCUCUCCAGUGUACUGGAGGACAAAGAAGCAAGCCACAGUGUCUCGGUCAUCCGCAGAAGCUGAAUACAGGUCCAUGGCGUCCCUCACCUGUGAACUUGUCUGGUUACGGAAUUUGCUCAAUAACCUAGGAGUCCCACACUCUGGUCCGGUCAAACUCUUUUGUGACAAUCAGGCCACACUUCAUAUUGCUUCCAAUCCAGUUUAUCAUGAGCGCACCAAACACAUCGAGCUUGAUUGCCACUUUAUACGAGAUCGUAUACAAGCCGGUACAAUUCUGCCUUCUUAUACACCCACAACGGAUCAACCUGCAGACUUACUCACUAAGGCCCUUGGAGCACAUCAAUUUUCCUAUCUACUUGGCAAGAUGGGCAUUUGUGACCCCCAUGCUCCAUCUUGAGGGGGGUGUUGGCCGUUACUGUUAUUAUUAUUAUUAUUUGUACAAAUAUUUUGUUGUAACAUUUUUACACGUACCUAGAGUUUAGAUUAGAAUAGGAAUGAUUCUCUCAUUAAUUUUCUUUCCUUUCUUUUCUCCUUGACUUGCGCAUGGGAGUACUGGACGUGUAAAGUACUCAUGCAUCAUGCAUGUAUCAUGUAUAUAUGGACGGAUCGUCC